AUGAAAGCACUCCCUGAUGAUGACCCACGUAGCUUUAUUCAACAGGCUAAAGUCCAUUGCGCUUAUUGCAACGGUGCCUAUCACUUAUCUAAUCCUUUUCAGGACACGAAGCUCGACAUUCACAGAUCUUGGUUUUUCUUUCCCUUCCAUCGUGUGUAUAUUUACUUCUUUGAAAGAAUUUUGGGGAGCUUAAUUGGUGACCCUAGCUUUGCUUUACCAUUUUGGAACUGGGAUUCUAUAGAGGGCAUGCAAAUGCCAUCGUAUUUGGCAAUCCCUAAUUCGUCACUUUAUCACAAACUCCGAAACCAGAAACACUUGCCACCACACGUGAUUAACCUGAACUACGGUGCACAUGAUAAUAACGAUGUCCCUUCUCAUCAACAAGUUUCGUAUAACUUGGCCAUCAUGUACAAGCAAAUGGUGCUAGCAAGUACCACUGAAUUGUUCAUGGGAAGCCCUUUUCGACUAGGGGAAAACCCUCGUCCCGGUAUUGGCUCUGUGGAGGCUGCUCCACAUAACACUGUUCAUACAUGGGUUGGUAGUGCUGAUACUCCACACCACGAAGACAUGGGAACGUUCUACACAGCUGCUAGAGACCCCAUUUUCUAUAUUCAUCACUCGAACUUGGAUAGAAUGUGGGAGUUAUGGAAAACACUGGGAGAAGGACGAAGGGACUACAGUGAUCAAGAUUGGUUGGAUUCUGAGUUUUUCUUCUAUGAUGAGAAUGCUAAUUUUGUUCGUGUUAAGGUAAGAGAUUGUGUUGAUACUAAAAAAUUGGGGUAUGUGUACCAAGAUGUUGAUCUUCCAUGGUUGCAUACCCCACCCACAUCACGAAAAAGUAAGCUACUGAGACAAACGAAGAAGGCUCAACGUCGGAGUUCAAAGCCAAGCAAAUUUCCUUUGGUUUUGGAUUCCAUAACGAGUGUAAUCGUUAAGAGGCCAAAGAAAUGGAGGAGCAAGGAAGAGAAAGAACAAGAGGAAGAGGUUUUAGUGAUAGAAGGGAUUGAGUUUGACAGUGAUAAAUUUGUGAAGUUUGAUGUUCAUGUUGAUGAUGAUGAAGACAGAUUGAGUGAUCCAGAUCAGACAGAGUUUGUGGGAAGUUUUGUGAAUCUGCUCCACCGAUAUGGCCAUAAAAUUAGCAGUAGCUUUAAGGUAGGGAUAUCGAAAGUGCUGGAGAUUUUAGAAGCUGAAGAAGAUGAUCAUGUGCUGGUUACUUUGGUACCUAAGAUGGGAAAAGGAGAUCUCAUCAUACACAGCAUCAAAAUUGAGUUUAUUCCAAAAUAG